GCAACAGCGUCCAAAGGCAGACGAAUAUCGCCCCCGCAUAUUUGAACCACCCUAUAGACUGACACGCGUGCCUGAGAGGGUUGGUGGCGCACGGUGGUAGGAGAAAGCCGUCCCCGUAUCGAUCGCAACACAGAAAACUACCCCUAGAAAGGCGCAGUGUCGAAAAGACUCUCCCGGUGCUCGUAUAUCCACGCGGAUACGUUUACUUUUGUUAUAUCCUCGAGUAUCAGACAUAAAAAAGAGAAGAAUUUCUAUCCUUUUAUUAAAAGUCCAUAAACUCAGUGUCCAGGGUGUUUCCGAAUAAAUUAGUCGAUAAGGUCCAGCGGCCUAGGUAACAGAAUCUGACACGUUGGUCAAUUACGUGAAUCGGAGAGGAAUAAAGGAGAGCAGCGCGCCAUGGCGUUCGCAGGCUUAAGGAAACAAAUUAACAAGGCGAAUCAGUAUGUCACUGAGAAGAUGGGUGGUGCGGAAGGCACCAAGUUGGACGUCGACUUUGUGGAUAUGGAGAGGAAAACGGACGUCACGUGCGAGCUGGUCGAGGAGUUGCAAAUGAAGACGAAGGAAUUUCUCCAGCCAAAUCCAACGGCCAGAGCGAAAAUGGCAGCUGUGAAAGGAAUAAGCAAGCUCAGUGGUCAGGCAAAAGCCUCUACGUAUCCUCAGCCCGAAGGCGUACUUGGAGAUUGUAUGUUGAUUUACGGGAAGAAAAUGGGAGAAGACAGUAUUUUCGGUCAAGCGCUAGUUGAAAUGGGUGAGGCCAUGAAGCAGAUGGCCGACGUGAAGUAUUCACUAGAUGACAACAUCAAGCAAAACUUCCUGGAGCCUCUGCACCAUCUGCAGACCAAGGACCUGAAGGAAGUUAUGCAUCAUCGGAAGAAACUGCAAGGCCGAAGACUCGAUUUUGACUGCAAGCGUCGACGUCAGGCAAAAGCCGCUGGAAAACGGUCGAGCAGCCCACAUUUUGGAAGUCCAGCUAGAACGAGCACCCCGUCGACUUCCGUGGGUUCUCACGUUUCAGACGACGAGAUUCGUCAAGCCGAGGAGAAGUUCGCAGAGAGUCUGCAUCUCGCUCAGAUGGGAAUGUUCAAUCUUCUUGAGAACGACAAUGCCCUUCACUUUCAGAUCGAACAAGUCGCCCAGCUGGCGACCUUCAGUGAGGCUCUUCUAGAAUAUCAUCAGCAGUGCAUCGAGAUCCUCAAGGUGCUCACCGAAACAUUGCUGGAUAAGAAAGAGGAAGCGGCGAAUCGACCAAAAUUGGAGUUCGUACCGAAGACCUUGGCUGAUCUAAAUGUCGAAGGAAUCAGCUCAUCGGAUACCAUGAACGGUGGGAACUACUCAUUUUACGGGUCAAGUCGAGCGGGGUCUCCGGUCCACGGAGACGGGAAGCGCUCACAGCUCGAGCUAUUUCCGGCCGGAAACCCGCCGCAAUCUGCCAAUGCUUCUCCGUUGCCAUCACCCAGCAAGUCACCAGCCAGAACGCCAAUGGCAAAGCAACCUUGCUGCACAGCACUUUAUGACUUUCAAGCUGAAAACCCAGGCGAACUUGGAUUCAAGGAAAACGACACGAUCACCCUGAUUCGAAAGAUUGAUGAGAAUUGGUUUGAGGGCAGCCUGAAUGGUCGCACUGGCUACUUGCCUGUAACUUAUGUGCAGGUGGUUGUGCCACUACCUUAAAAUGGUUCGACGACUCUGAAGCCAAAUAACUCCUGAAUUCGUUCAUUCGUGUCUACCAACAAAAUACUUAUAAUCUUAACCUAACCUAAACCCUACUAUCGACCUAUUUGCGUUAUCGUUUUAUCCUUAUCAAGGAGAUCCGAGUUACAAAGCCCUCCCCUAUCCCCACACAAAAUCUCUAUACGCAUGUUAUUGUACAUACAUAACGUUAUAGUGUCUUUUAUCAACGUAAGGGACUCCAUACUUACGUAUACAGGACAUAUAAUUAUACAUACAUAUAUAUAUAUAUUAUUAAUAAAGUAUUUACAGGGUGGUCCAACGAAAUGGAUCUCCCUCGGCAAUGUCGCAGCAAAUCUUUAGAAUCGUGGGAAGACGUUGCCGACCAAAGUUGUAUGAUACAAAGUGAUACGUUGAGUGGACUAGAUAGAUUUCCAAAUGAUUAUACCAAUUAAUUAAUUGUAUACUUAUUUUUUAAUUCUAAUCUAUAUAUGCAUUUGGUGUAAGAUGUUAUGUGGAGAAUUAACGUGAAUCAAAUUUUAAUUAGUAUGGUUUCGUUAAUAGCUGUGCAAUUAUCGCCAUUUUAUAGUACCAUAAUGCAUUCAAUGAAUUGUGGAUUGAACUGGUAGAAUGCUCAAUCAGCAGUGUUUGAGGAAUAAAAUUUAAAAGACAUUAGAUAAGAGUUAUAACGUUGCACCGUUUACGAUUUGAUUAGAAACUUUAUUAAUUAUUAGAUUCAUCAUAAAUCUAAAUUUUUGAAAAACAAAACAGAAAUUGAUUCUUUAUCGACACAACUGAUAAUGCAAUUAAUUAUUUAGAAGCAUUUCAUUAUAGUCAAAAUGAAUGCUAGAAAGGUUGCAUAAUUUCGGAUAAAUUUUCGCCGUCUUAUUAAUUUGUAACGAUAUUCGAUGGACCACUCGGUAUAUACUUAUCACAUACAGUACCUAUGACGUAACUCUUUACACCGGUCGACGUCGCCCAUUUUAAUUUGAAUACUAUUAAACCCGUAGCGUUUAUUCGGAUAAUGCGUUAAUAAUAAUAUAUGUAGAAGCGUUCAAUUAUGUUAAUUGCACAAAAGUCUAGAGUCCAAUUAAGACAGCCUCCAAAUUUCGUACGUAUCUCGGUGGCUCCAGUCAGUCUCUUAAUUUCAAUUACUUUAUCAAUUUUUUGAAGUUUCCCGACUAAUGGUCGAUUCACAGACAUCACUUCCGUAUCCGGUUCCACAUCUAUACCGUUCCGACUGUCCAACACGCUAUUACUGUCACACAGUUUCAGUUUAAUAUCUGUACUGCAGUUGCAAGGAGUCAACUCCCUUGUGAUGUAUGUCAAAUUUAUUAAAUGAAGCUCUUACAAUAAUUAAUCUUUAGUAUCUGUCGUUGCAUGAAAACAUGGUCGCCAGUGUGUUGGACAGACAGAUGCUGACACUGAUACCCAAGUGUAUUAUAGUUCUCUUUUCCAUUUAUAUUCGUUGAAAGAUUUGCUACGUCAGUACACGUAUAAGUGCAGAUCCUUAAAAUUACACUAGAUUAUUAAUAAUAGAAUCGUAGCCAUCCGAGAUUAAUUCAUCGUGCGAAUGCUUCUCAUCUAAGUUAAUAUUCUCAAUUGUCAAUAUAAAACAUUGAGUUUAUGUAAAAUAAGGACACGGCGAAUUACAUAGGAUAGAAAUAAUUUUUGCCAUGUGGCACGAGCAUAAGUACAGAGAUGCAUAGAGAAGACGCAUAGACAGAAUUAUAAUGUUGUAUUUUACUUAUUUCUAAUAAUUCAUUUACUUAUUAAUGCCUAGUAUACAAUUAGCGAACUCUGGACAGGUCUUAGGUUCGGUACGGCGAUCAACCACUAAUCAAACGAAUGUGUAUCAUUCGAAUUUAAUAGUCUGUUUAUUGAUUCAAUAUUGAUUUAACUGUACGUUACCCAAACACUUUUUGCGAUUUCUUUUUAAUCAGAUGAAUUAUCAAAAUGUCACGUAUGUUCAUAUAUUCUUUUAACUUUUAUUCAUCUUCUUCUUCUUCUUCUAUCUCUCUCGGUAUGCCCAACAGAGGGGUUUGGAAGAUCUUAGUAUUUUACCAUGUUAAGUACCUAAUAAAUUUGACAAAAAUACAAGAAGAGGGUAACUGAGAAAAAAAGUGUGCGAUUAAAUUAAAAUGAUAAAAGGGACUGAAAAUGGUUGGUGGUAAUGGUGGUGGUGGUGGUGGUGGUGGUGGUGGUUACAGAAGAAAAGUAAAGGAUGAUUCUUGAAGAAGAUGAACAAGGGAUAAGAAAUACUAUAUCCUAUGUGGCUCGUCGAACUUCCAUACCUCUGCCAGAGUGGUCCAGAUUUCUUUACAUUAAAGAGAUAGCUUAUCGCAAUAAUUAAUGAUUAACGAUUUAUUAGCUUUAUUCGUCUGACUUUAACUACGUGGAUUCAAACCGUCGUAACAAUGAAAGUAAAUAAGCGAUUUGAUUAUCCGUUGCCGCGUACAUUCUUAGAUACUCUUCGUGCGAUAUUUCCUAAGCAUAAUGUUUAACGCUAGAGUAUAUACAUAUAUACAUACAAGAAAUAUAUAUAUAUAUAUAUAUAUAUAUAUAUAUAUAUGUAUAUAUACACGUAGUCGACUAUUAUUAUUUUUAUUAUUAAUUAUUAUGAACGUCGUUGUUGUUGUUAUUAUUAUUAUCGUGUCAUCGUCAUUGAUUAACAGACCCCGAUGCGAAAAUCGAGUCUUAAAUUGUUUUGCAAAAAAUGGGAAAAUGCGAAAGAAGAGAAACAUUUUCGCAUUGUUUUCGUCGUUAGCAAUAAAAUAAUGAAAUACCACUAAGUAUUUCCUUUGAGAGCUUUCUCGGUGCGAAUAUUAUGAUUGUUGUAUUAUUAUUAUUAAUAGUUAACUCUUAUUAUCGCGUCACUAUGAUAAUAUUAUUAGUAUUAUCGGUACUGCUAAUAUUGUUUAUUAAUACUACUAUUGCUACUACCACUAACUACUACCAACUACUGCUAAUAUUGGAUAAUACCUUGGGACUAUUUAUUUUGUCGAAACACGAAAAUCCGAGGACUAUGUAAAUUUUGGACUUGACCAUAUCUCAGUUUUGACUUAAGGGAAGAGCUUGUUUGAGAUAUAAUUGUAUAAUUGACUGACGAGGGCGACGGACGUUGUACUCGGAAACGAAGGACAAAGAGAAACGAAGAAUAGGAAGUACUUCGCGGUGUUAUAAUGAGUGUCGUGCAAUAUAUAAAUUUAAAAAUUUUGAAAACCAGGUAAGGAGCGACCGCUGGUUCGGUGUUUUUCGAAUCGCGCAAUAUUCGUUUCCGAACGAUCCGAUCAGCUAGAGCGGCAUAAUUUGCGAGUGGGACAUGAGAAAAUGUAGAAAAAAAAAUUGAAAAAGAAAAGCGAUAAUUCUCGACUGUGUCAAUUAUAACGCGCGAAAGUUGAUUAAAACGAGAGCUUUUCGAGAAUAGAUAUAUACGACGCUUGGGAAAUUUUAUAAAUUGGGACGUUUGAAACUUUGAAAAAAAAAUCUAAGAAAAUUGCUCCUCGAGCAAAAAAGCAAUAGACGCGUAGAGGAUGUUUAUGCGGAACGUAUGUUUCUUUUUGUAUACGAAUGACGUACCUCUGUAUCUUUUUUUUGGCAAUUAUAUUCGAAAAACACUGUGCCAGAUUCGCAUGUGCGAAAUCACGCACGGUAUAUAUAUAUAUAUAUAUAUAUAUAUAUAUAUAUACACAUAGGUAUACAGACUAUUGAGAAUUGUCAAAGCGACGUUCGCAUUACGGACUGAAGCAAUUAUGAAAACGCAAAUGAUCAUUAUUGAUUAUAGACAUAUACAUAGUGACACUGACACCGGCAUUACACGUGGAUCAGAUAAGUACAUUAAAUGCAAAAUGAAAAAAAAAAAAAACAAAAAAAACAUACAUUUACACAAUUAAUGAUUAAA